AUGCCUGAAUUAUAUUAACAUUUUUUAAGUGUUGGAAUAGAGGAUAUGAAUUUGUGUGUAAGUGCAUUUUACUUAACUUUAUGUAUGUAAAAUGCUCCAAUAUAAUUCUCUUUAGUAUUAUUGGCUAUGUAUUUUAUUGAGGGUGAUGACAUUUUAACUAAAAUGAUAUUAUCUAUGAUGAAAUAUUUUGAGAAUUAUUUAUUAAAAUUAAACGACUUUUAACAAAUAAUUGAAUUUAUCAAAAGAGGUCUGAUAAAUAAUUUCUAUCGAGAAAUUCAACAAUGUAGGAAACAAUAGAGAUUAGUAUAAGUACUACUAGAUAUUGGGUUAAUUAAAAGGAAAGAUAAAUAACACAAACAAAAAACAAAAAAGGGAUAAAUGAAAUAAUUAAUUGAUAAGAAAUUAGGAAAUGAUGUUUAUAGUUAUUUUUUUAGAUGA